UACAAUCUACCGGCUGGUUGUGAGUGAGAAGCCACCAAAACAUGAGCGAGGAGAGGCUUCUCAAGACGAUUCUGCCUUCUCAGAAAUCUUUAUUCUUUUUUUGUUGAGCAGCUAGGUGUUUGCCAUUUUAAAAUUUCUUGUUUUGUUUAAAGGGAAACCAGUGAGUUGAAAAUGAGACUAAACAUCGCCAUCUUCUUUGGGGCUCUCUUUGGUGCUUUAGGGGUUUUACUCUUUUUGGUGGCAUUUGGAUCGGACUAUUGGCUUCUUGUGACCGAAGUGGGGAAGUGUUCAGGUGAACAGAAUAUGGAGAACGUGACUUUCCACCACGAGGGGUUCUUCUGGAGAUGCUGGUUCAGUGGGGUUGCGGAAGAAAACCAGCCCGACCUCUGGAAGUUCUGGUACGGCAAUCAGCCGGCAUCCAAGACCUGCACACAUGCUUACCUGUCGCCGUACCCUUUCAUGAGAGGCGAGCACAAUGCUACCGCCUAUGACUCUGCCGUCGUUUACCGUGGUUUCUGGGCUGUCUUCAUGCUCCUGGGGGUAGUUGCUGUUGUGACCGCGAGUUUCCUGAUCAUCUGUGCAGCCCCUUUCACCAGCCACAUUCUCUAUAAGGCCGGCGGGAGCUCAUAUAUUGCUGCAGGCAUCCUGUUUUCCCUGGUGGUGAUACUGUACAUCAUCUGGGUCCAGGCAGUGGCUGACAUGGAAAGCUACACAAACACGAAAAUGAAAGACUGCUUGGAUUUCACGCCUUCUGUCCUGUAUGGCUGGUCAUUUUUCCUGGCCCCAGCAGGGGUGUUCUUUUCUUUGCUCUCUGGGUUACUAUUCCUAGUUGUUGGGCGACAUAUUCAGCUACAUCACUAACCACACUGUUGCACUGGCGUUUUCUUGAGAAGUUUGAAAACAGCAUAUUUUAUUGUUAUUUGCUCCAGUGAUCCUAGCAGAGAAUUAGUUGAUGUAACUUUUUAGUUGCUAUUUGAAUUAGCCAUUUCACUUGUGAUUUUCUCUGAUAAGAAGGUUCUGGAAUCUCUCCGGACCCCAACAUGUUUUCAUCUUUUAAGUGCGACCCAAAAGACCUGGUUCUUCAGGGAGCAGGUAACAAGGCCUCCGUCAUUGCACGUGCCAGAGUUCAUGCAGGGUGCAAACAUUAAAGGCAGAACAGCAGCAGCAUAAUGCCGUGCUCUGGGGCAAUCAAGAUUUGACUCGAAGCCUCCUUCUUGGCAUUCACUUCCGUUGCUACUUAAAAAACAUAUUUGGAAAUUGAUUAAGAAUGAAAAACAAGCAUCAGAGAAUUUACUCCAUUUCUUCUCCACACACGGACAUAUCCAUGUCUACGUUCACUGACUCCUUUGAGCAAGUUAUUCAUUAUUUAAAAAUAGAUAGCAGUUGUUCUUGUAGCAGGAGCCACACAAACGUAUCAGUUAUAAUAAUAAUUAUAUAAUUAUAAUAAAAGGCCACGCAAAACCGAGAACGUCUACUUCCCCAUGUUCUCAUCAACAGUCAUUUGGUCACAUGACUUUAGAAUGUAACUGCGCAUGCUUACAUAACCUUGAGCUAUAUUUAAAAGUAGCAAAUCUGCACACCAAAAUACAUAUAAUGCAGAUUGGAUUUUUAGAACUUAAAGUGGGUUAAUUGUAUAUUUAAUAGGGUUGAAAAUACACAAAAACCAAGAACCUUAGCUUACUACAUAAUUCUUUUUGAUAUUUAAAAAUUCCCAUUUAAAAUUAUAUUGCUAAUAUGUUCAGCUUAUGAAAAUUUAUUGAUGAAAUGUGCUUUUAAUAUGCACAAAAUACUUCUAUAUGAGGAUGAUAAUCGAUUCUCUUUAUUAAAGACUAUGAAACUGUAACUUUUCCCAGAUUGUAUAGGUUGUAGUUCUUCUGAUCAUUUGAUUCCUUAGUUAUUGUUCCUCAGAUUUUUCAUCUUUACAACAACUAUUUUAACACUUACAAAUUUUCUAUUUCCUUUAAUGUCUUUGAAGAGUGGGAGGGGAUGAUCCUGUAUUAUUGCCGAGCAUAGACAUUUUGCAUAUCAAAGAUGUUUGGUACAGAUUGUGAAUGGAAUGAAACCCAUCUGAGAAGCCCGUUCUCGCAUUUUGGAGACCUCUCCGUGGGAGGGUGUGCUAGUGAAGGCCUGAGGCAUGGAGGGAGCAUGGCAGUGACUGUCCCGGGGCAGCGUUUUCCCCCACGCUGCUGCGGAGGCAAGGCAGGGCUCACAGACUGCGUGACCGCCCAGAGACGCUGUGGGGCGGAGGGGCUGCGCCUCCCUCAGCUGCACAUGAUGCAGACACCACCCCAUCUUCACCGCACAUCCUAUGUUUUCCACUAACCUUGUCUCCGUGGGAGCGGUUUCCAGAGGAAUGGCCAGGGUCUGAGAUACCUAUAGCAUAAUGGGUGGCGCUGUAGUAUUUGGGGACAGGACUUGCAUGUAGUAAAAAAACACACCAAAGAAACAAAAGUACAACAAAACUUCAGGAUUUUAACUGGUUUCUCAAGCCAUUUUAAUUAUAUCAUAAACAAUUUUGUGUAGUUUCGUUUGCCUUUUGUUUUACUUUGAUAUUGCUUCACUUAGUUCCUUGCUUUUGGCUUGAUGAUUAUAAAAAUAAUUAUGGGUUCUAUGCAUACUGGCUUUGAUAUGACAUUAUGGCAUGCCAGUAAGUUCUCCAGACAAUGCUAGGUGUAUUUAUUAGUUCAUAUCGUCUGUAAGUACAAUUCCUUUCUGUAGAAUUUUGGAAUAGAGCCCUUCUCUGGUGUACUACAUGUCAUUUAGAUUUCACACAUAAGCUGUUUUCAUUAAAGGUUUGAAUAUUUAUAAAUGUCA